AAGCGAGGCUUAUAGACAACUUGGACGUGUUUGUGUUUUUUAGCUGCUUAUGCAGCGAUUUUAUUUGAAAUGCAAUGCUUCAGAUACAUAAAUAGUUGAUGAUAUGAAAAGUCGGAUUUACAUACAAAAUGCAAGAAGAAACCAGUAACAUAAGCCACACAGGCUCUGCAGUAAAACAAGAGUCCGUAAUGGAAGAUAAGUCUACGAGGAGAUAUCCUUGCUUACAGUGCCACAGAACAUACAGUCGCAAACAUGACAUGGAAAGACAUGUUGACAUUUGUCACACUGCUACUGCAGAAAAGCCAUUCAGGUGUGAACAGUGCAAGUUUGUGUUUAGUACAGAAGAGAAAUUGAGAGUUCACGAAAGUGGUCAUUCACAGGAAAUGAAAUUCAGCUGUCAAGUUUGUGGAAAAGGAUUCAAGAACAGUAACGCUUGGAAACGGCAUAUGAAGGCCCAUCUAGAUCCAAAGCCCUUUGUUUGUCGUAUAUGUAAGCGAGAAUUCGGACGUGAGCAUGAUAUGUAUCGACACACAGUCAGGAUGCACACUGGUGAGAGAAAGUUCCAGUGUGAUUUGUGUCCAUCAAAAUUUGCGUGGUUCAGUGACCUAACCAUCCAUAAGCGGCGUCAUAAUGCAAUGGGAAAAAUCUGGAAAGGACGGAAGUUUGGCGCAAAUGGAGAUGCUCCUAAAAAAGUGAAAAAGAAAGUUCAAUUGAAAAAGAAAGUUGAAAAAGCUAAGCAUGGUAGUCAGCUUGUGUGUAAAAUGUGCUCACAGUCAUUUACAAGCUUUUCUUCAUUACACCUCCAUGUUUGUGACCUGGAUUCUUCAGGCGAGGAAGAUGAGGAGAUGACCAAUGAAGUGGUGAGCUCAAAAAAUAACCAGACACCUGAGGGAUCCACUAAAUCAUUUUCAGCUCUGAAAGAUAAAAAAUCUGAUAACAAAUCAUCUUCAGAAAUUCAAGAAAAUGAGGCAUUAAAGAGAGACACAGAUUCCGAUGAAAUGGAUUUAUAUAAAGAAAGUGAAGAGGAGGAUUUUGAUGAUUUCAGUUUUGAGAAUGAUAAUGAUGAACGCUUGGGGGAUUCUGACUCUGAUUCUGAGAAUAUUGAUUAUGUGGAAAAAAGAAACACUUUAUCAGCCAUAGCUAAUUCCAAAGGACUAAUAUGCAAUCCAGAAAGCAAUGAGGCUGAAAAUGAAGAAAUUGAGAAUGUCAGAUCAUCUUCACAAAAUAGUGAUUCUUUGGUCAAAGAAAAAGCAGUAGCAGUGGAUGAUGUAGUUCCAUCACCUAACACUAUAAAUUUUAAGAACCAAAGCAAACAAAGCAACCCAUUGGCAGACAUUGAGAAUCUGAAUACCUGUUCUAAAUCUGAUAUCGAUACCAAACAUGAUGAGGACUUAAAUCUCAAUUCUCAUACAGGUGAAUAUCCAGAAUCUCUUGUCCCUGUGAAUGAGACCACAUCAUCUAACAUUUGUGUCAGUCCAUCUUCAGAAGUGGAUGUCUGUCAUGGAUAUGAUGUUGCUGAAAAUGGUAAAAUUGCUAUUGAUACUAAUAGCAAAGCUCAAGUGAUUACAAAUUCAAAAUCCAAAUGGGAUGAAAGAAGGGAAACCAAUGAUGAACAUCUGAAAUGUAAAGUUUGUCAAAAAGAAUUCAACAAGUUUUCUGCACUUCAGCUUCAUAUGUGUGAAGAGCCUUUAAACCAAGAAGAGAGUUUACCAUUACCAAACCAUAAUAAUGCAAUUUCUGGAGAAAUACAAUCUCAUUCCAAGGACAUGAAGAAGAAUAAGAGAAUUUCACAAAAGACUAGUAACAUUGAAAGUAUGGUUACACGAUCCAAGAGCUUUAACAGUAAAACUUCCCAAAAUUCCUCAAGUGUGAAGAUAGCAAUGGUAACUAGAUCUAAGGACAGUGUCAAAAAGAAGACAGAGAAGUCAGCAAAAAAAGUGAAAUCAAGCUCGGAAUCAUCAACAAAGGGAAAAAAUAAAGCUGCUAAGACUUCAACAAAGCAAAGUUCCUACAGAUGUGAGGAAUGCUCUGGGACAUUCUUGAAGCUUCAUGAGCUGAAGAAACAUUCUUUGGAGGUACACAGGAAAGAAGUCACUUUCACGUGCUCCGUUUGCAAAAAGGUUUUUGAUAAGAAGAGCAAACUUGAAAUUCAUCUGUAUUCUCAUGAAGCUGUACAACCACACCAGUGUGAAGACUGCGGCCACAGAUUCAAACAUAAAAGAGAUUUAUUGAGGCAUGAAUCAACACAUACCAACAAAGAAGUGCCAGUGUUUAAAUGCUCAUUUUGCCGAAAAGAGUAUUCCCGCCAGUAUGACUUGAGAAGGCACCUUGAGUGUGUCCAUCCGGCUGAGGCUCCUUAUCGGUGUGAAAUUUGUCACGCUGCUUUUACUAAUUCAGAAGAUUGCAGUAAGCAUUUGAAAACCCAUGAAACAACUCAUCCAUACACGUGUGAUGUAUGCCAAAGAGGCCUCAGCUCAAUUCCUAUUCUUAGACGGCAUAUGAGGAUGCAUUUAAAAGAAAAGCCUUAUUCUUGCCCUGAAUGCAGAAAGGGUUUUAAUCGAAGGCAUGACUUGUACCAGCAUGCAAAGAUUCACGGCACAGAGAGAUUUACGUGUGAUCUGUGUUAUAGGAAGUUUGUGACUCCAUUGUACUUACGUAAUCAUAUCAAAAAGAAACAUGGACUAUUAAGCAAUAAUCCUGAUAACUAAAUAUUUGAAAUGAAAGAAACAUUAAGAUACUCAUAAUUGUUUCACAAAUAUUACAGUGUAAUAUGUAAUAAACAUAUUAAAUUUAAUAAUAACAUAAACUUCAUUAGAACUUCCUUAAAAUAUUUCUAUGCCAGGGUUUCCCCUCCCUUCCCCUUCACUGUUUGUCAUAUAUCCUCUGUGUAACACUUUUUUCCAAAUAUUUCAAGUACUUUAGUAGCCUUAGAGCUUAUGCUAUGA